AUGUGUCUUCUGCUCCGCAGGGGGCUGUCGUCCGUGGUGGCUCUCGGCGCCAGUAUCAUCUGUAACAAGAUCCCGGGUUUGGCGCCGCGGCAGAGAACCAUCUGUCAGAGUCGGCCGGACGCCAUCAUUGUGGUCGGCGAAGGCGUCCAGAGGAGCCUCCACGAGUGUCAGUUCCAGUUCCGCCACAGCCGCUGGAACUGCUCUGCUCUGGGAGAGAGGACGGCGUUCGGCAAAGAGCUGCGCGUCGACAGAGAUGGAUCAGUCUUGGCGCCUGGUGUUCAUGUGUUUGAUGGUUCUGCAGCUGUGCUUGGCAGUAAAGAGGCUGCGUUCACAUACGCCAUCAUCUCUGCGGGCGUGGCCCACGCGGUCACAGCUGCCUGCACCCAGGGUGCGCUGAGCGGCUGUGGCUGCGACAAGGACAAACAGGGCUUCUACAACCAGGAGGAGGGGCCGAGGUGGGGGGGCUAUAACCAGGAAGAGGGCUGGAAGUGGGGCGGCUGCUCCGCCGACGUCAGCUUCGGCCUCAGCUUCUCUCAGGUGUUCGUGGACGCACGGGAGGUCAAGCAGAACGCACGCACCCUCAUGAACCUGCACAACAACCACGUGGGCCGCAAGAUGCUGGAGCAGACCAUGCGUCUGGAGUGUAAGUGCCACGGCGUGUCGGGGUCCUGCACCACGAAGACCUGCUGGACGACGCUGCCAAAGCUGCGACAGUUGGGGUCCCUGCUGAAGGAGAAGUACGAGCACGCCGUGCACGUGGAGCCGGUGCGAGCGAGCCGCAACAAGAGGCCCACGUUCCUGAAGAUCAAGAAGCCUCAGUCGUAUCAAAAACCUGCGGACACCGAGCUGGUGUUCAUCGACAAGUCUCCAAACUACUGCGAGGCCGACGCUGUGAGCGGCAGCCUGGGCACGCAGGGGCGGCUCUGCAACAGGACGGGUCUUCAGCCCAACAGCUGCGACCUCAUGUGCUGUGGGCGGGGCUACAACACACACCAGUACUCACGCGUGUGGCAGUGCAACUGCAAGUUCCUCUGGUGCUGCCAUGUUAAGUGCAACACCUGCAGCGAGAGGACCCAGGUAUACACCUGCAAAUAG